GCAGAGGAGGGGUGAUGUGACAAGGGGGGGUGGGGGGAGUUGUGGAGAUACUGGGAUCAUGGAGGAGUGAGUCUUCCAGAAAGUGGGCAGACAGGGCAGUGUGGAAAGGAGGGGAUUCUCUGUGUGCUUUCCCCAGGAAACUUCCUCCACAUCAUCCCCGACCAGUCAUUUUAGGUACUUUCUUCUUCCUGAGAUCCUUCACCCCUGCUGGACAGUCAACACAGGCAGUGAGAUGAACACCUGAAGAAGCACCACACCUCCUGUAAACAGAAGAGAAGACUCAGGAUUGCAGUGCCACCUGAACUCGGCUUCAGAGUACUGGAAAUGGAGGACAAAAGGAAAAAACGAAGUCCCAAGGUGUGUGUAACCCAGACACUUCCACCUGCACCCAUGAGAAAACCCAUUGCACCUCCCUGUAAAAGUGCCACAUUCAGCCUGGGACUCCCACUCCCACCCUCCCCAAAGCAGAGGAGUAAGGUCAAGAGGGGCAUUAAAGAGCGUCCUCGACCCCCUGCACCCUGCGAAGUGGUGACUUCUGCACCUAGCCUUCAACACUCUUUCCUGACUGAUGUUUCCCACGUCUGUGAGAUGGAGGGUGGUCUUCUAAGCCUUCUCAACGAUUUUCACUCUGGAAAACUUCAGGCAUUUGGACGGGUAUGCACAUUUGAUCAACUGGAACGCGUAAGGGAAAUGCAAGAACAGUUAGCUCGUCUUCACUUCAGUCUAGAUGUGUGUGGAGAAGAACUAAGAGAAGAGACCCAUGCGGAGAGGAACUUGGAGCAGCUACUAAAUAAUCUGGAAGAAUUGAGUAAUUCAAUACAAAAGCUACAUUUGGCAGAAAACCAGGAUACACCUCCUUCUCCUGCUGAAGAGGGGACAGACAGUUUACAAUAGGAGCUGGCAGAAUAAAGCCUACGCCAAGGCGCACGUCGGAGAAAUGAAACUCACGAAUAUGGAAAAGUUGAAAGUUGGAACAUCUAGUGUAGGCUUAGUGAUACAAGAAAGCGGCAAUGGAUGAAACUGAACUGGACAAAAUGGAUAGAUAGUGACAGUGUGUACUCUAAGCACAAACAGUAACUGUAUGGGUAAUCUUCUUAAGAGUUGUUUGGUAUGCAUUGAAAAUCCCUACAAUUUUAUAAAAAAAA